CCAGAGGUUUGUGGGACUUGUAGUUUUUCUUGCAUCAUUUCAGGUUAAUGAACUACAUUUCCCAAAGUGCACAUACAGCCAGUCGGUCCCCCUGUCGGGCGCGGAGUGUCCCUUAAGCUGUGAAAGAAUGAGGAUGAGCUUUGGGUUAACUUUCAGGACACCAAAAGGCCGCUGGGUGCCAAACCUCAGCCAGCAGUGCUCACGCGGAUCCACUGGGUUAUUUGUGCCACCAAGUCCUCCUCUGGACUCUGAGAAGGUCAAAGAGUUACAGCGCUUUAUCACCCUUUCCAAGAGACUCUUAGUGAUGACUGGGGCAGGAAUCUCCACUGAGUCGGGAAUCCCAGACUACAGGUCAGAAAAGGUGGGACUUUAUGCCCGCACGGACCGGAGGCCCAUCCAGCAUGGGGAUUUUGUACGGAUCGCUCAAAUCCGCCAGCGGUACUGGGCGAGAAACUUUGUGGGCUGGCCUCAGUUCUCCUCCCACCAGCCUAACCCUGCACACUGGGCUUUGAGCAACUGGGAGAGAUUCGGAAAGCUGUCCUGGUUGGUGACCCAAAAUGUGGAUGCCUUGCACACCAAGGCGGGGAGUCAGCGCCUGACAGAACUCCACGGAUGCAUGCACAGGGUCCUCUGCUUGGGCUGCGGUGAGCAGACUCCCCGAGGGGCACUGCAAGAGCGGUUUGAAGUCCUGAACCCCACCUGGAGCGCUGAGGCCCAUGGCCUGGCUCCGGACGGUGACGUCUUUCUCACUGAGGAGCAGGUACAGAGCUUCCAGGUCCCACCCUGCUUUCGAUGUGGGGGGCCCCUGAAACCAGACGUCGUCUUCUUCGGUGACACGGUGAACCCUGACAAGGUUGAUUUUGUGCACAAGCGGGUAAAAGAAGCCGACUCCCUCCUGGUGGUGGGAUCGUCCUUGCAGGUGUACUCGGGCUACAGGUUCAUCCUCACUGCCCAGGAGAGGAAGCUGCCAAUUGCAAUACUGAACAUCGGGCCCACACGGUCGGACGACUUGGCAUGUCUGAAACUGGAUUCUCGUUGCGGAGAGCUGCUGCCUUUAAUAGACCCACGCUGACCACAGCCUGAUAUUCCGGACCCGGAAACUGGGACUUUCACUUGAAUUCUGCUGCCAAUGAUCCCUAAGGAUUCAUCCCUGCUUCCUCUAACUGAUCGAGGCUUACCAACUGCCGCCUGCAGAGGGCAGCAAACCGACAUCUCUCUGCCAGCCCAUCUCUGAACCCCGCAGCUUUCAGAGCCCAGGAAUUAAAAUCUUCUGGCUGAUGAGAUUUGCCCCUGAAGAGGACUUUUUCAAAGCCGCAGCUUCUUUUGAUAGGAAUACUGCCUUCUCUCCCUUUUUAUCUCAUCAGGCAGAAGAAAUAGCCCAGGAAAUAUGUACCUCCUGAGUACUAACCUAGGGAUCUCACUAAUGUGGGUAAAGGGAGAAGGAAACGACUUAAUUUAUAAUUCCGAAUGCUUAAAUGUCUUUAACUGAACCAUUCUGAUAUAUUUUUUGAAAAGACGAACAAUGAUAUGAAUGAAUUUUUUAUAAACCAAGGAAUAGAGGAAACAUUGUUUUAAAUAGCACAUUAGGUAUGUGGGCUGUUACUUUUAUAUUUUUUAAUCAGCUAAAAGUGAAUGUGGCUUUAUGACACGGUUCUCUAAGGAUUUCUGCUUGAUUUCAGCUGCCAGAAUGAGACCAGCCUUGAACCUGGUCUGCAGAGAGGAAACAGUGAAUUCCCAAGUGGGUUCUUAAAUUGAUUUGUUUCUGCUGAGGGAAGCAGCAAGACUUGUUUGAUUACUGUGUUAGCCAGAGAGAAUCAUUGUCGCAGGCUAAAGCUUUCUGCACGAUAUCAUCAAAAAGCGAAGCGGAUGAAAGAAUCACAGCCUAUUCUGGGUAGUCUUUUGUCUAAAAUCAGGGCAAGCAAUACAUGUUCAUCCUGCAUCUGCCUAGGAAGCAAAUUUCAGUUGACUGGGAUAACCCAAGAUCUUGAAAACACAGAGUUCUUUUCACCUGCACAGCUGUAGGUUCGCUCACAGCCAUUCAUUAAUUCUGGAGAGUCGUAAGGCUGUGGUAAAUCUCACUCCAGCUUUUUUGCAGAUAGAGAUGCUAAGGUGCUCUGAACCAGAUUUGCUCAGUUACCCACAGUCAGUACCACCAAUAAUUGCAUUCAAAUCUGGGUCUUUUGAAUCCCAAGCCAUUCUCAUCCACAAAUCUCAUAAACGGUUACUGACCAACACUGUAUUUAGGUACUAAGGCUACAAAGAUACAACCUCUUGCUCUCAAGUGGCUCACAGAGGAUGUGUUACCUCCCGUACUCUCAUCCUUUACCAGAAUAUGUCACAGAGUCAUGCAUGGAAUGACAGGACAGGAAAUUUAGUCCAUCCCCCCUUCAUUUUAUUUUUGAGGAAACUAAGAUCCACACUUACCUAAGGCCACAGUAUGUUGUUUCAGAGCCAGGACGAGAAUCUGAGGAGAUCUUUCUCCCAGUUCUUUUAGACAGCAACGCUUCCUACUUGUCUGAAGAUUAUAGUUAGAAGGAAGUCAGCCUGAAGUAGAAGUAGAAGCAGAAGCCAACAGUACACCCGGCCAGGAAUGGUUAAAAUGUGGGCAGUGGAGAGCAGGUUAGGCUGCGAGGGAGGGAAGGCAGGCUCUUUCAUCACCUAAUGCUGGCACGAUUUAUGAAACCGAGUCUUGAGGGCCUUAGGAAUGUUUGUUUUGUUCAUAUUUCCUCCUGAGAUGGAAUUCUUUGCAAAAAGUUUGUCUCAUGAGGAACCUGGUAUUUCCUGAAGCUGAUGCUUCUCAGGUCUCCUUACUUUACAUCUUUUGCUCUCCACCAGCACAGCAGUCCCCAACCUGCUGUAAGUGCCCUCGGUUGGAAUAACAGACUUCUACUAGCGGGUGCUAUCAGCUUUCACUGCCCUGGUUACAUGGUUGUAACUGCAUAAGCCCAGCUUUGGCUGUGACUUUCAGUCAUAUCCUUCCUUGUUGCUUCCACAACUGCUCUGCUAUCACAGUUUUAGUAAGUACAAGUCAUGAAGGCAAACAAGUACAGAAUACUCGAAUCUCCUUCCCACUAACUCAUAUUCCUUCUUUCAUGCUGUCAUAAAUUGAAUAUCCUCUCAGUUCUCCCUUAAAUAACAGCAUUUGUUGGGACUACCCUGGUGGUCCAGUGGUUAACACUCCGCGCUUCCACAGCAGGGGGCACGGGUUCGAUCACUGGUCGGGGAACUAAGAUCCCAUGUGCUGUGUGGUGCAGCCAAAAAAUAAAUAAUAAGAAAUAAAAUAAUAGCAUUUGUUGAGCACACUAUAUCCCAAGCAUUGUGCAAAGUAUUUUACAACAUGUUAGCUCACUUAAUGAGUUAAUCCCACAUGAGAUGCUUGGACAUGCAUAAAGGUCAGUCUUCAGUGAAUGCCAGACAUUUCCUGAGAGGAUCAAAGUCAGGACGGAUAGGAAAUUCGACACUCCUAGGUAGGGUGACCAGCCAUCCCAGAUUGCCCAGUACUGAGGGGUUUUCCGGAUGUAGGACUUGAAGUGCUAAAACAAAGAUGAGUUGGUCACCUUGCUCUGAGGAAUAACAAAGGUUGCCACCAGCUAUAAUAGUUAAUUCCAGACAUAUUAUUCUUGUUGAGAUUCAAGAUGGUGCUCUGAGAUCCAGAUUGUUUCCGUAAUUUCUGUCACAAAAGAGAUCAAUUCCACUUCAUGAAGAAAAAAAAAAAUUAAACUCAUCCAAGAAAGCAGAAUGUUUUUUUUUUCUCGAUUUAAUAGAAAAGGAAUAUAGCACGGCACUGAAAGUUUUAGAAAAUAGACAGACUUGGAUUUCCAACCCUGUCUUGCUACUUAGUAGUUAGGUGAACUUGGGCAAGUUGUUUUAUCUAAGCUUCAGUCUCUAUAAAUGAGGAUAAUAGGAGCUACCCAAUUGAGUGGUUACGAAGACUAAACAAGGUAAUGAUGCAUGUGUAGCUCACAGCACAGUGCCCGACAGAGUAAGCAGAUAUUAGCCAUUAUCACUAGAGUAUGGGAGGAGGGUGGGAGGGGAAGCCAUCCUACCUGCCAAACCUUUGUCUCCUAUUGAGUAUUCCUUAGAGUAGACUCACUCGGAUCUUCCCCAGAGCCACUUUUCUUUUUUGUGUACCUGUUUGUCUUUAAAAAAAAAAAAAAAAUUACAAAAGCCAAGCUUUGCUUGAUGUAAUAAAGCCUUUCUAAAGAAAAUAAAGCAUAUUCUUCGAGAAAACAGAA